AUGCCCGGUAUCGCUCGCAAGAUCAUCAUCUGCGCCGCGGUCGACGGCCUUAUCAUACAACCAUUUGUGACCAAAGGACAGCGCCCCGCGCAACCGCAAGUUGCGCAAAUCUGCGGUUUUCCGAUCUAUGUCGUCACCGAAGUCGCUAUUACCCCUUGCGCCUCGCAACAAGAAGCUGGAGAAGCUAUCGCCAAGACAGCCCUGGAGCUUCAAGAUCGCACGACAGACAAGAACGCCAACGAUAGCGACAGUGAUGACUAUAUCGAGCUCCCAGCAAGCGGCGAUGAGGUCGAAGACCCCGCGCAAGAAGCUAAAGCCGAUAGCGAUAAGGACCUUGAGACUGUAAAGAGUACAGUAGCGAAAGAUGUUAUCGGAAGGAGAGGAAGCUACGGGAGGUUCGCGCAGACCUGGUUCAGCAAGAGCGGAUGGACGCAGGACCAGAAAAGAUCAGCAGGUUGGAGCGGAGCCGCGCACCAAUCCGAUGAGAUACCUCUUCAUGAGCGCGUAGACCCAAUGUUCUUCUGGAACAAGAACACAUUGAAGCCAUUUACGGAGGCUGGAGAGGAUGCCUUGCUGCUUCCGCUCAUGCAGGGCUUCGUUUCCCAGAAAAGCUUCGUGGUGGAUAGCAGCCCUCCUCAACACGACGAAGGCCUCGGGGAUUCCGUGGAGCUAUCGACUAUGAGACAGCCCGAUGCCGAACUAUCUUCACCCCCGCCGGAAGUAGUUCGUGACUCGAUUGAUCUGCGCUCUACCGAAAAGAAGUUCCUGUUGACCGUGAUUUCUCGCCGUUCGACGCAGAGGGCUGGUCUAAGAUAUUUGAGACGAGGCAUUGAUGAACAGGGUUAUGUUGCCAAUGCGGUUGAAACUGAGCAGAUUCUUUCGAGCACUUCCUGGGACAAGUCCUCAAAGAUUUACUCUUUUCUUCAAAUCCGGGGCAGCAUUCCGCUAUUCUUUACACAGUCGCCGGUCUCUCUCAAACCUGCGCCCGUUAUUCAACACUCGCCCGAAGCGAACUAUGCCGCAACGAAAAAGCACCUGGAGCGGCUCAAGAUAGAAUACGGGCUUUUACAAAUUGUCAAUCUUGUCGAAAAGCAUGGUGUAGAAGCAACUGUCGGCAAUCAAUAUGAAAAGACAGUGCAAAGGUUGAACGAGGAAGAAGCGAAAGGCGAAGAUGACACCGUCGGUUUUGAAUGGUUUGAUUUCCAUUCGGCUUGCAAAGGAAUGAAGUUUGAGAACGUCAGCCAGCUUCUCGAUACCCUCCGCGACAAGUUGGAAGGUUUCGGAAGUACCGUGGAAGAGGCUGGUCAAAUCACUGCAAAACAACAUGGCGUUUUGCGCACAAAUUGCAUGGACUGCCUCGACAGGACAAACGUGUGCCAGAGCUCUUUUGGAAAAUUCAUGCUCGAGUCUCAGCUGAGAGCCGAAGGCUAUGAUCUUGCAGCUCAAGUCGACCAGCAAACGCAGUGGUUUAACACUCUCUGGGCAGACAAUGGUGAUGCCGUAUCGAAGCAGUAUGCAUCUACUGCGGCCAUGAAGGGUGACUACACAAGAACGAAGAAGAGGAACCUUGGCGGCACAUUAAAUGAUCUUGGCCUUUCUUUGACCCGGUACUACAAUGGAAUGGUCAACGACUAUUUCAGCCAGGCCGCCAUCGACUUCCUUCUGGGCAACGUGAACUCAAUGGUUUUCCAAGAGUUCGAAGCCGAGAUGAUGACGAAAGACCCUGCCGUUUCGAUGCUGAAAAUGAGGGAGCAGGCCAUUGAGCUUUCGCAAAGGCGCGUCAUUUCUGACGAGAGCGAAGAGUUCAUGGGUGGUUGGGUCCUCUUCAGCCCGCAUCAGUCAGAUACCUUACGAGGCAUGCCCUUUGAAGAGGUGGUGCUGCUUCUAACGGAUGCUGCCUUGUAUCUCUGCCGGUUUGACUGGAACAUGGACAAGGUCUCUUCGUUUGAGCGGAUUGAUCUGGCCCAUGUUAUCGGUAUCAAGUUUGGAACAUACAUCAUCUCGACAGUCUCCCCUGGGCAGACGGACGAGAUGAAGAAUGUUGGUUUCGUUGUCUCGUACCAGCCAGGCAAGAACGACGUUACGAGAACGAACACGAGGACUUUUUCAAACCUGGGUAUUACAAAGACCAAGACGGAUGCGGCCCCGCCGGAGCAACAGCAACAGGAGCAACAGCAACAGCCUCAGUCUGCCUUGAGCAGCUUGCUAGGCGGCGGCCGCCCCAAGGCGCCACCGGUGCGCAAGCUCGCUUUCAAGGCCCCGUACUCCCAGUCAUCCGCGGCCGUGACGGGCGAAGAACCCAAGCUCAGCGAAAUCCAGCAGGUUGUCAGCAUCUGCGCAGACAUUGAACGGCUGGCGUUCCUGAGCCAGCCUGGCAAGGAGAAGCCGGGCACCGAGAGCAUCAUAGAGAAGGGCGACAUCAUUUCGCUAGAGGAGGCGAGGCAAAGCACUGGGUUGCUGGACCACAUCAGCUACUCUCUGAAGAGGCUCGUCUGGGCAUAA